AUGCCCAGCGCAACCUCUUCCGGCUUCGACGCCUCGGGCGGACCGACCCGGUCGCGAGAUCAUAACCAAGGAAACCAGGAACGCAAGUGUACUCCCGAGCAGAAAGCAGCGGUCCUGCGAAUCCGGCGGUGCAAGGCGACCUCCUUCUACGACAUCUUAGAUCUCGAGGCCGUACGGACGACGUGCAGCGAUGCCGAUAUCAAGAAGGCUUACCGCAAGCAGUCCCUACUCACGCACCCGGACAAGAACGGUCACGAACAUGCAGACGAGGCUUUCAAGAUGGUCAGCCGUGCCUUCGGCGUGCUAGGCGACAAGGAGAAGCGCGAAAAGUACGACCGCUUCGGUACCGAUCCGGAUAGUAGGUUUGAGAGCGCGAGGGCCCAGGCUAGCAAUCCAUUUAAUAAUUUUGGUGGUAUGAGACCUGGUGGAGGGCCGGGGGCAGGAUUUGGCGGGGGAGGCAUGUGGGAAGACGAGAUUAGCCCGGAGGAAAUGUUCCAGAGAUUCUUCGGUGGUGCUUUUGGUGGUCCUUUCGGAGGGUUCGAUACAGGACCGCAGUUUGUAUUUAACAUCGGCGGAAACAGGGGCUUCCGCGUACACCAGAUGGGAGGAGCAAAUCCGCGUAGGAGACCUCGGGAAGCUGAAGGUCAGCAGCGGCGUCAGACAGGUUGGGAUACGCUCAUCAGCCUGUUACCGAUCCUAUUUUUAUUUGUGUUCCCGCUGCUAUCGUCUAUAUUUUCAGGCGGCGAAACGCAACCGGCAGUACCCUCGAUGGUUUUCGACGCGGCUGUGCCGCCUCUAACUUACCACCGAACUACCCCCAAACUUGGAGUCGAUUACUAUGUAAAUCCAGCUCAGGUGGUUGACUGGAACGACUACCAAUUUCGUCAGUUAGAUAAAGAGGCCGAGGUCGGUUUCGUGCGCGUCCUCCGCCGCCGCUGCGAUACUGAGAUGCGCACCAAACGCGACCUAAUCGACAAGGCGCAAGGGUGGUUCUUCCCGGAUCCAGACAAGAUGAAGAUUGCCGACCAGUUUGAGAUGACAUCAUGUAAGCGUAUGGAUGCCCUAGGUAUCUCGCGGUAG